AAUCGAGCGACGUUGCAGUGCCGGAGCGGAAUACGGCAGCCGUUUACGACACUCGCGCUACGCUACGCGAAGCUAGCAUCUGUUUGUUAUGAGUUAUGCACUUCGGCCCACUUCGCAUCUGGAAAGUUGGAAGGCAUUAUUCAUUGACGUCAAUAUGCAGCACCCGCUAACCCAAAGUGCACAAUGUCGUCCUCUCCCCUAAAUCAACCCAAAACUGUGACCGGCAAGUUCACAGCAGAGAUGUCUGCCAAAGAGGCCGAGUCUUGCACGCGGCCCGUUCGCGUCAGUCCCUGUGACUCCGCCCCCCUGGUGUGGCGUAUGGAGGACGUGACUGCGGUGCGCUCUCUUGGCCUGGUGGGGGCGCUGCUGGGCUCGCUGACCCGCACCCCCCGGCAGAACGGGCGAAUGGGGCGCCCAUUGUUGUUGCUGCCUGAGGAAGAGCGAAUUCUGGACCGGCGCUGUGACGCCGCCGGGACGGCCGUGGCGCAAAUGGACGCAGACCAGCAGGUGGCGCUGUUCCAGGAGACUCAGCGGCGAAGCUACGAGGAGCAGCGAGUCCUCGCUCUGCAUGAAAAGAAAUCAACUAUGAUACGCGCGCUCGGCUUGUCGCGCUCAGGGUCAGAGGGCGACGGUGAGGACGAGCGCCGGCGCCACCUGGAGGCCCUGGAGCGCAACUUCAGCUUUCCACGCUCGGCGAUGGCCGUCCAGCUGAGCACAGCAAGGGCAGGACUAGCCCACCUAGAGGGGGCGGGGCCCACCUACGGCACGGACGGCCGCGCCCUCUGCCGGUCCGCCGCCGACCCGCGAAGUGACGCCAGGUGCCGGGUGUUUGCGGACCUGAGGGGGCGGGGCUUCUACUUGACGUCGGCUGGGAAGUUUGGCGGAGAUUUCCUGGUCUAUCCCGGCGAACCUCUUCGCUUUCACGCACACUUCAUUGCCGUGUGCGUGUGCGCGGACCAGCGAGUGUCGCUAUUGGACCUUCUGGCCGUGGCCCGUCUGGGUUCCAACGUCAAGAAGACCGUCCUCUUGUGCUCGCCGCACGACCACGGCGUGACGUACUCGUCGCUCCAGUGGAGCGGGAUGACUUGAUUGGACAACCACGGGACCGGUACUUUCCAGGUGCCGGGGUCUCAGGCCGUGCGGCACCCCCUGGAGGCCCCUGCUCAUCUGGUCCCCCCGACAGACUCCUUUGUCAAGUGAAGCAAAGUUCUUUCAUUUAUGCGGCACUUUGAUCAACUUGUUUUGAAAGAACUCAAUAAAUGAAACUGGACUGAAACCAGAUUGCAUAA